GUGACUAUUAUACACAUAUACACACAACAUACAUACAUAUAGAAAUUCAAAUCCAAUCAUAUUGUUGAAAUUAAUUUACUAGUAUUAUUAUUUAUCAACAUGAAUAACAAAAAGUUGUGUUGUUUAAUCUCCGUGUUGAAUAGAUACAGGGUUAUGUAUAUCUGAAAUCGAGCCCCUCUCAGAUUCAACUUAUUCAAAGGAUUUAAUUAUCAAUCCAGAGUUGUUGCCUGCUAGGAUUUGGAUUUUGCGGUGGUUAGUGUAAUAAAGGGGAAUUGUGGCUUAUGGGCAUCCCUGGCGCUAGUUAGGAGCUCUGUGAGCUGACCACAAUGAGAUCAUGGAUUCCUCGAAAGAACGAAUCUUCAAAUGUGUCCAAGGAUUUCUGGAUGCCUGAUCAGAGUUGUAGAGUCUGCUACGAAUGUGAUUCUGUCUUCACACUUUUUAACCGCAAGCAUCACUGUCGCCUCUGUGGAAGAGUUUUUUGUGCCAAGUGUACUGAAAACACAGUGCCUGCUUCUGCUGAUGAUUACAAGAUUGGUGCAGAAGAUUCCGAGAGGCUUAGGGUUUGUAAUUACUGCUUCAAGCAAUGGGAGCAGCGGAGUGCUCCUGUCAGUUCUGGUAUGACUGCGACUAGCCCCGGUCUCAGUAAAUCACCUUCAGCAGCAAGUUUGGCCAGCACCCAAACCUGCGACAGCAGCACCAGCAGCGUUGGUUCAACUCAGUACUCAACAGGGCCAUACAAGCAUAUACAAAGUAUAUCUAGUAUGAGUCCUCGUUCAUCUGCUAGAUUGGACCAAACAACAUGCACGCAAGACCAAGGAGCCAGUGUGGGAAAAUCAGAUUGUGUUUGCACAGAUGAUAUUGGUUAUAGCAUGAACAGGAGUGAUGAUGAUGAUGAUGAGUAUGGUGUUUAUAAAUUGCAUUCUGAAAUUAGGGAGUCAAAUGCCUAUUACAGUGGUAUUCCGUAUGAUGAAAUUGGUCAUAUAUACGGAUCAGAUGAACAUACUGAUGGGGAAAGCAUUGAUAUACACCAUAUUAUUUCUACACAAUUACCGGAGACUUUAGAAGUAGAGGGCCUUGAAUUAAAUAAGAAAAAUGGAGAAGAUGAAGUAAAUAACUGCAAUGCAAGUGAAGACGCAGCUCUACAUGAGGCAGAUGAUACACGUCCUGAACCUGUGGAUUUUGAGAACAACGGUGUACUUUGGCUCCCUCCAGAACCAGAAGACGAAGAUGAUGAAAAAGAAGGUUUUUCAAUCGAGGAUGAUGAUGAUUUUGCAGAGGAUGAUUCCGGAGACGGGUACUUGCGCUCUUCAGACAGCUUUGGUAGUGGGGAGUUCCGUAAUAGAGAUAGAUCAAGUGACUUGCAUAAGAAGGCCAUGAAGAAUGUGGUUGAUGGGCAUUUUAGGGCCUUGAUAGCCCAGUUGUUGCAGGUUGAGAAUCUCCCAGUGGAUGAUAGUAAAGAAAGUUGGCUGGAGAUUGUUACAUAUUUGUGCUGGGAAGCUGCCACGCUUGUGAAGCCAGAUAAAAGCCAGGAUGGAGGAAUGGAUCCUGGUGGUUAUGUCAAGGUCAAAUGCAUAGCUUGUGGUAGUCGUGAUGAGAGUGUGGUGGUGAAAGGGGUUGUCUGUAAAAAAAAUGUGGCCAACAAAAGAAUGGCAUCGAAAGUUGAGAAACCGCGCUUUCUAAUACUUGGGGGUGCCUUGGAGUAUCAGAGGGUUGCUAAUCACUUGUCAAGUGUCGAUACCUUAUUGCAGCAGGAAAUGGUCCACUUAAAGAUGGCAGUCGCAAAGAUUGAUGCUCAACACCCUAAUGUUCUUUUGGUCGAGAAAUCAGUUUCUCGACAUGCACAGGAUUUCCUUCUCACAAAAGGCAUAUCACUUGUUUUAAAUAUCAAAAGGACACUUUUAGAAAGUAUAGCUCGUUGCACAGGUGCACAAAUAGUCCCAUCAAUCGAUCAUCUUACAUCACAAAAAUUAGGAUAUUGCGACUUGUUUCAUGUGGAGAAGUUUGUGGAAGUGCAUGGCACUGCUGGGCAAAGUGGGAAGAAGCUAACAAAAACUUUAAUGUUUUUUGAGGGUUGCCCCAAGCCAUUAGGCUGUACUAUUUUGCUCAAGGGCGCUAAUGGGGAUGAGUUGAAGAAAGUGAAAUAUGUAGUUCAGUAUGGGGUAUUUGCUGCUUAUCACUUGGCUGUGGAGACGUCUUUUCUUGCUGAUGAAGGUGCCUCUCUCCCGGAACUUCCUUUCAAGGCUCCAAUAACAGUUGCAUUACCUGAUAAAUCUUCGAGUAUUGACAGGUCUAUUUCAACAAUUCCUGGUUUUACUGAUUCAACAGCUCCAAAGCUUCAGGGCAAUCAUAACUUAAGCGAACCAUGUCAGCCUAAUAUUAACCUUUUAUCUAAUGUCACAUCAUCCUCCAACACUGCCUUAUGCAAAGUUGAUGGGCCAAAUCCCUGUCACUUCAAACACCCUAGCUCCCAACCUCUAAUUGCCGAACUUGGUGCUAGCUCAAGGUCUUCUUCUGCUUGCCCAUAUCAUCCAGAGCAUAUUUCUCCAGAAAUGCUCAGACCAGAUGAUCUCAGAGCUAAUCAUGCCUCUAACCAAGACAAUAAGAUGGGUAUCAAAGAAUCUAUGGAGAAGAAUUCAUCAACCAUUAGUAAUCAUGUGGCAGAAGAUAAUAUACUUUCUAAUAGCUUUGGGAAAUCAGAAACAACAUUGCAGGGUGUUGGCAUUUGUAGUAUUGAUGGUACUGUAGUACCUUCAAAAAAUCUAGGUGAUUUAAGAUUCUCCUCAUCGGAAAAUCAUCAAGACGAGGCAGAGUCGCUCAAAGAAGACUUCCCCCCCUCACCCUCAGACAAUCAAAGCAUCCUGGUGUCUUUAUCAACACGUUGCGUGUGGAAAGGAACUGUCUGUGAGCGUGCUCAACUCUUUAGGAUCAAGUAUUAUGGUAAAAGUGAUCAGCCAUUGGGGCGGUUUUUGCGGGACCAUUUGUUCGAUCAAAAUUACCAAUGCCGCUCAUGUCAAAUGCCGUCAGAAGCACAUGUGCAUUGCUAUACACAUCGACAAGGAAGCCUAACAAUCUCCGUAAAAAAGCUUCCAGAGUUUCUCUUGCAAGGAGAACGAGAAGGCAAAAUCUGGAUGUGGCACAGAUGCCUGCGAUGUCCUCGGAUUAAUGGGUUUCCUCCAGCCACACGGAGAGUAUUAAUGUCUGAAGCUGCAUGGGGUUUAUCAUUUGGAAAAUUUUUAGAGCUCAGCUUUUCAAACCAUGCAGCUGCAAGCCGGGUCGCAAGUUGUGGGCACUCGCUUCACAGAGAUUGCCUGCGGUUUUACGGCUUUGGAAGAAUGGUAGCCUGUUUCCGAUAUGCUUCUAUUGAUGUAAAUUCCGUUCAUCUUCCACCUUCAACUCUUGAAUUUAAUUAUCAUAAUCAGGAAUGGUUAUCAAGAGAAGCAGAAGAGGUGCACGGCAUGGCAGAUCGCUUAUUUGCUGAGGCGUAUAAUGCUUUUCAGAAGAUCUCUAAGAAAAUAUCACUUGAGACGGUUGAUAAGGUGUCUGAAUUAAAGCAUAAAAUUGGCAAACUGGAGAGGAUGUUGCAGGAGGAGAAAGCAGAAUUUGAGGAAUCACUUCAGAAAGUGCUGAAGAAGAAUAUAAUGGUUGGAAAACCAAAUAUAGACAUUCUUGAAAUAAAUAGAUUACGGAAGCAGUUAAUUUUCCAUGCUUAUGUAUGGGAUCAAAGACUGACUUGUCUUUCCAAUCUAAACGAUAGUAUGCAAAGAGAUAUCAGCAGUUGUGCUUCAAAUCCGAAGGAGAAGCUAAAUAAGUCUAUUGAAAAGUCUGCUGAACUAUCUAAGGCUUGUUCAGAUGUCAGCUGCUCUGAUUCUUCUCUUAAAACUGCAAAGUCUGAUAUAGCUGUCAACCAUCCUGAUGGGGUUCACAAAGGAACUACGGUUAACGGGGAUAAGAAUCGUAAUACGGAGGCCAAGGAUUAUCAGUAUUCAAACUUAAAGAUAGCUGGUAAACAUGACAGUUUAGUACCUGUUGGAAAUAUAGGAAUGAUCCUCCCUGAGGGGAAGUUCCCGCCAAUAGGAAGUUUAUCAGACACAUUGGAUGCUGCGUGGUCUGGUGAGAGUCUUUCAGAAAGUAUAUCACCAAAAGAGCAUUCUUGUAACUCAGUCAAUGCUAAUUCUUCAACUUCUACAGAACCAGUCAAGAGAAAGUCGGAAUGUAAAGAUGGGACCAGGAGAGUAGAGGCAGCGUGUUCCCUUGACUUGUCGUUUCUUGCUGAGUCAGUGAAUAAACCCAGUAGUUGGUUAGACAUCCCAUUUCUGUGUAUCUAUCAUGCUUUCCAGCGAGAUUCUUCAGUAUAUACUCAAAAGAGUCGUACAUUAUGUGAAUAUAAUCCUACCUAUAUAUUGUCAUUUGUGGAGUUUGUACGUCAAGGCGGUGCUAGAGUACUAUUGCCUGAUGGUAUUAACGAUAUUGUUGUUCCAGUUUAUGAUGAUGAACCCACUAGUAUCAUAUCAUAUGCACUUGUCUCACCGGACUACCACAUCCAAGUGCCUGAUGAGUCUGAGAGAUUAAAUGAUGGUUUGGAAUCUUCGUUAUCUCUGCCUAUCUUAGACUCUGUGAAUCUUCUGUCACUCAAUUCCUUUAAUGGGACGACCUCAGAAUCCUUGAAAACUCUUGGUUCUGCUGAUGAGAGCUUCUUAUCCAUGUCCGGUUCUCAAGUUUCCUUAGGGUUAGACACGCUCACAUACAAUAACAAUGUACAUGCCAAGGUUUCUUUUACAGAUGAAGGCCCACUUGGGAAGGUAAAGUAUACGGUAACUUGUUACUGUGCAAGGAGAUUUAAGGCUUUGCGGAAGAUAUGUUGCAACGAAUUGGAUUAUAUACGGUCUCUAAGCCGUUGUAAGAAGUGGGGAGCGCAGGGUGGCAAGAGCAAUGUCUUCUUUGCGAAAACCUUGGAUGACAGAUUUAUAAUUAAACAAGUUACCAAGACAGAGCUGGAGUCUUUCAUCGAUUUUGCUCCAGAAUAUUUUAAGUAUCUGUCUGAAUCAAUCACUACACGUAGCCCUACGUGCCUUGCAAAGAUACUGGGCAUUUACCAGGUGACACUGAAACAUCUGAAAGGAGGAAAAGAGUCGCGGAUAGAUGUAUUGGUUAUGGAAAAUCUUCUGUUCAGGCGCAAUAUCACACGGCUAUAUGACCUCAAAGGAUCUUCUCGUUCACGUUAUAAUCCUGAUUCAAGUGGGAGUAACAAAGUUCUGCUAGAUCAGAACCUGAUUGAGGCGAUGCCGACAUCUCCAAUCUUUGUGGGAAAUAAGGCUAAGCGGUUACUAGAGAGAGCUGUCUGGAAUGAUACUGCAUUUCUAGCUUCUAUUGAUGUGAUGGAUUAUUCCCUACUGGUUGGCCUAGAUGAAGAAAAUCACGAGCUAGUGCUGGGCAUUAUUGAUUUCAUGAGGCAAUAUACGUGGGACAAACACCUUGAAACAUGGGUGAAGGCUUCAGGCAUCCUUGGGGGACCAAAGAAUGCAUCUCCAACUGUUAUUUCUCCCAAGCAAUACAAGAAAAGGUUCAGAAAAGCUAUGGCUGCUUAUUUUCUCAUGGUUCCAGAUCAGUGGUCUCCCCAAACUAAUGUAUCUAAUGAUUCCUUGUCAGACUUUGGUGAAGAUAGAUCACCAGGUGUUACAUCCAUAGUGUGAUAUGUUGAUAGAGACAUACCAGUUACUCUGUAUAGUUUACACAUCUUCAUCCUAUUUUCUUGUACAUUUGCAGCUCUGCCACCAAAUUGUAGCAUCCUUUGGAAUUGAUUUUUCUUUUCCUUUUC